CAACAACAAGAUUUGUUUGAGCUGUAGUCAAGUACUCCGCAUAUAUCAGUGCACGGACCACAUAAACUCCAAAGUACUUUACGCGAACGACACGACCUUGACGCGACGAUAGGAAACCAUGGGAGCCUCGGCGAGAUGAGGUUCAGGAGCCAGCUCACCAAUAUCAGCACUUUUGCCAAAUUCACGGCAUCUCUCUCAUCGCUGGGGAAGAUAUGUUGGAUGAGGCUGGAAGAUGAGGUAGUCCGGUUUACGAUUAUCCCUGACCAGGGGACGCAGGUUUGGGCGCAGUUACCGAUUGAAACCAUAUUCGACGAAACAUACACGAUCCAAUCUGCCACAGGAGUAAUCAAUCUUGAGGUCCCCAUCGGGGCCCUGCAUCGAGCGCUACGAUCUGCCAUCGGCGCAAACUCAGCACAGCUCCGUCUGACGAAGAAAGGCCCCGUACCUCUUCUCGCACUCACGAUCCGUGCAUCAUCAUGGACCGCUGGGACGAAUGCGCUUGGAAUCGAGUCAGAGAGCACAGGUGAAGGCAUCACUGAUAUCCCUCCAGCAUUCAACACCAGUAUCGAAGACGAUGAAAGUCGUCGUCGUGGACCUCGCGAACGCGAAACUGUCAUCACGCAGGAAAUCCCAGUCAAGGUCCUGCACCAAUCGACAGUGGAAGGAUUGCAUGAGCCGCGAUGUCGUCCGCCAGACGUGCACAUUAUCCUACCUAGUCUGAUACAGUUGAAAAGUAUCUCUGAACGAUUCAAUAAGCUAGCGAUGGACACGAGUAGCGGCAGGACCGCUACCGCCGGUAACGGGUUAUCUGGCUCGUCAGGGCCCAAGCUUGAGCUGAGUGCUAACAUGCAUGGUUCUUUGAAACUUGCCAUUGCUACAGAUGCCUUGCGGAUUUCAAGCGUGUGGUCGGGCCUGAUUAACCCACCGCUGGAUCCGGAGCAGCUAUCGCAGUCAGAGAUGGACCAGCUUCCGAGUGAACGGAUGAGAUUACUGGGCGGUGAGAAUGGAGAGAAUGAGGCCGGUUGGGCGAAAGUGAGAAUUGAUGGGAAGGACUGGGGUCGCGUGUUGAGUGUGGGACGGUUGAGUCCGAAGGUCGUUGCGUGUUUCAUCCAUGAGACUGCACUCAUUCUAUAUGUCUACCUCCAUGGGAGCUGGGCCGGAGAAGAUUCAUGUUUAACAUAUUAUAUCAAUUCGUAUGCCACGUGAACCAAGCAAAAUGUUAAAAGAACUAUCGGAAUACUAGUAAUAUCAAUCUUGUGAACCGGCAGUGUACUCAUUCCAAGACAUCUUAUAACAAUGUAGAAGAGGCUCGGAAUUAUCACUUAGGUAAUAGAAUGUUUGAGGAGUCUCUGAUGUCAGAACCUAUCGAUAGUAUCUUAAUCACACAUGUUACUAUACGUGUG